CUUGGUGAGACUGGAAGGAUGCAGCCAUCCUGUUGUUAUGAAAGGCUUGUGUGCAGAAUGUGGCCAGGACUUGACUCAGAUACGAAGCAAAAAUGGAAAGCAGAAUGUGCCAUUAUCCACAGCAACUGUGUCUAUGGUUCACAGUGUCCCAGAACUGAAAGUUAGCUCUGAGCAAGCUGAGCAGCUAGGAAGAGAAGAUCAACAGCGACUACAUCGAAAUCGAAAACUGGUGCUCAUGGUAGAUUUGGACCAGACAUUGAUCCAUACUACAGAACAGCACUGCCAACAAAUGUCUAAUAAGGGAAUAUUUCAUUUCCAGUUAGGUCGAGGUGAGCCCAUGUUGCAUACUCGUUUGCGUCCUCAUUGUAAGGAAUUCCUGGAAAAAAUUGCCAAGCUGUAUGAAUUACAUGUUUUUACUUUUGGCAGCAGACUGUAUGCGCAUACAAUUGCAGGAUUUUUGGACCCUGAAAAGAAGCUUUUUUCCCAUCGGAUAUUGUCAAGGGAUGAAUGUAUUGAUCCAUUUUCUAAAACUGGGAAUCUUAGAGAUCUCUUCCCAUGUGGGGAUUCCAUGGUUUGCAUCAUUGAUGACAGAGAGGAUGUUUGGAAGUUUGCACCAAACUUGAUAACUGUGAAGAAAUAUGUAUACUUUCAGGGGAUAGGAGAUAUUAAUGCACCUCCUGGAUCAAGGGAAGUUCAAAUGAAGAAGAAAGUAAACCACUCUACAAAACCAGAGGCACUGGAUUCAGCAGUGACAUCAGCAAAAGAUGCUGAAGAAAUAAAGAAUGUUACAUGUGUAGAAGAACAAAGCAAUGGUCUCAAAGCUACAAAGGACACUUGCGCUGCAAAUGGAAGUACUUCUGUAAGCAGUGAAACAUCUGGCUGGGAUAUGAACUCUCGUGAUAAAGUUAAUGCCCAGGACUCUUUAAAUGAUAGCACUGAUCACAAAAUGGACAGUGAGGUCACUAAUGAUUUGACAAAUACAAAAGAAUCUCAGAUUUUUUUAGAACAGGUUGAUAGCACAAUGAUAGAGAAGCAGCAAACCCAAGACAAGACAACAAAUGACUUGGACUUUGAACUGUCUAGUGACAGUGAAAGUGACGGUGGAUUGGAUACCAGAAAGUCAUCCACUUCUGUAUCAGAUAGUGAAAACGAGGAAAAGAGAAGCUGGAAGAAAUCAAAACAACCUCUGCAGGAUGAAAAUUUACAAAAAGAGAGUUGCACUGAUGUGAGUGAGAAGAAGGGUGGUCUGGUGAACCAUUCUGGGGAUGUGCAAUCUCUACCUAGUGAAAACAUUCAUGACAAAACUGAUCUUGAGGCACAAGAAGAAAGUGAACAGGAAAGCCUUUGUGAUUUAGGAAAUGGGUGUGCAGACAAGAAAGAAGCUGAAACAGAGUCUCAGAAUAGUGAACAGUCUGGAAUUACAAUGGGUGAGUCCUUAGACCAGAGUAUGGAAGAAGAAGAGGAGGAGGAUGAUACAGAUGAUGAUGACCAUUUAAUAUACCUCGAAGAGAUCCUUGUGCGGGUUCACACUGAUUAUUACACAAAAUAUGAUAAAUACCUGAAAAAAGAGAUUGAGGAAAUUCCAGACAUCAGAAAGAUAGUGCCAGAAUUGAAAAGUAAAGUGUUGGCAGAUGUAACCAUAAUAUUUAGUGGACUGUACCCAACAAACUUCCCCAUUGAGAAAACACGAGAACACUAUCAUGCCACAGCACUUGGAGCUAAAAUUGUGAAGAAUCUAGUACUGAGUGCUGAUGAUCCUGACAAAGCAACACAUCUCAUUGCAGCAAGGACAGGCACAGAAAAAGUACGGCAAGCUCAGGACUGCAAGGACCUCCAUGUUGUAAAUCCCGAUUGGCUGUGGAGCUGCCUGGAGCGUGUUUUUUUUUUUCCCUUGAAGGAUGACUACAUCAAAACACACAGAGAGAACAGCCCUGCCACGUUUCCUGAUACACACAGCACAUUUCAGACAGCUUUGUUUCACCCAACACCUAUCCAUCCAAAGUCUCAACCUGGUCCUGAAGUUCGGCUUUAUGAUCCUAACACUGGAAAGCUAAUCAGGAAAGGUGCUCAGACCUCUGGCCAGUCGAUGUACAUCCAGUCUCCAGCUCCUCCCAUCACCUUACCAGUCCACGGCGAACACUCAUCCUUCAGAGUUGUUCAACCACAUCAGCAGCAGAUGUUCGAAGAAGACCUACCAGCGAGUGAAAAUGAAGAGCAGCCUGGUCCAUCUAAGCGGAAACGCCAGCCAAGUAUGUCUGAGACAAUGCCCCUGUACACCCUAUGUAAAGAGGAUUUAGAGAGUAUGGAUAAAGAG